ACGGCCAUGAUCACUCGUCUCCGCCUCGAUCCUCCCUCACUCACCUCCCGUCUUGCAUUUACCGCGCCCUCCUUCCUUCCCCGCCCUUGGCGUCCACCCGUCGCCCAUCGCCGCCACUCGCCGCCAUGCAGCGCCGCGUGUCGCCCCCCGCCUUGCUCCUCCUGGUGCUUGUGAUCUCCGCCAUCCUCCUCCGCGCCCCCUCCGCUUCGGCAUCCCAACCAACGGACGGCAGCGAUGCGCCGCAAUCGAGCGUCGCCGCCGCUGCAGCCGCCGCAGCCGCUGCUGAUGAGGGGGUGAUGGAUGCGGGGAUGGGAAUGGGGGCCAGCGGACAGGGGAUAGCGGAUCAGUUCGUUUCGUCUGAGGAUCUUCCAGCGGCGAAUGCGGCGGCAGAUGCGGCGGCAGAUGCGGCGGCAGAUGCGGCGACAGACGCGGCGGCGCCAGCAAAUUUCGAUCCUGAAUUGGCGGGGGUGGAGGAGGAGGAGCGGAUGGUGGAGGAGCUGCUGACGUGGCUGGAGGGGCGCGGCGUGAGAGGGAUUCGAGGCGAGGAGGCGGCCGUGGAGGUGGUGAUUGACGCCAACACCACACUCAAGGCGUCCGGCCGCUCCAGGGCCAACCUGCGCAUGGUGGCGGCUCGCCCCAUCGGCGAGGGCGAAGUGUUUCUGUCGCUGCCUCGGUCGCUCGCUCUGUCCGCCGCUCACGCGCAGGAGGAUGCAACGCCGUAUGAGGGCGAGGUGCAUCCGUUCACGGCCCUGGCGGCGUGGGUGUUGAGGGAGCGCGCCAAGGGCCGUGCGUCCCUGUGGGCGCCGUUCGUGCGCCUGCUGCCCGCGCACCUGCCCUUCCCGCACCUCUUCAGAGACGACCUCGUGCCCGAGCUGCAGUACGACGUGAUGCUGGCCGAGGUUGCCGAGCACAAGAAGGUGCUCCUGCAAGAGUACAACAAGUGCCGCCCAGAGGCCAUCGCUAAUGCCACCCAGGAGGAGUUCUUCUGGGCAGCAGGCAUCGUCACUUCCCGCAUGUUCGCACUGACGCCUGAGGAGCCAGCAGAGCAAGGGAACGAGGGGAAGGACGUGAAGGGGCAGGAGGCGGAGAUCGCUCUGGUGCCGUUUGGCGACCUGUUCGACACCGACGAUGUGCCCAUCGCCAUCUGGCAGGACACGGGCGACAGCAUCACGUUCACGGCGCUGGUGGACAUAGCGGUGGGGCAGCACGUGGCGGUGCACUACGGCGAGCUGGGCAACGACGAGGCGCUGGUCAUGCGCGCGAUGGCGCUGCCGGCCAACUACCGUGACCACGUGCACCUCUUCCCCUCCAAGGAGGCGGCUGUUCGCUUCCCCGUGGAGACGUUUCUGAGGGGCCACGGCCACACACUGGCGCGGACGCCUCUGGUGGGCACGUUUGAUGCAGUGGAGGCGCACGUGCAGCAGCAGGCCAGCGCGCCGCUGUACGCCGAUGUGCGGCAGCGCUUUGAGUACCGCAUGGACAAGGGCUCCCCGCUCUCCGCGUGGUUCGGCGGGCGAUUCGACCCGCGUCUGUUCGGCGCCUUCGCUGCGCUGCACGCGCUCAUCGCCAACAACCGAAAGCCGGACCUGGCGCAGGUGGCGCAGGUGGCGCUGCAGUAUGGGUGGAUGAAGGACCCCAAGACCACCUGCGAUGACCUGGCGCGCUUCGUGGACGAUGACGUGUCAGACGCCCUGCCGCCAGCUGGCAACGUGCUGGUGGAGCGAGGGCAGCAGCUGCUGAAGCAGUUCCCCACCACCCUGGGAGAGGACCUCAAGCUGUGGCGGCAGGUGCACGUAUGCAAGGUGCUUGUGCUGUACGGCAGCGCAGAGGGGGCGGAGGGGGCUGAGGACGUGUCACAGUGCAGCGAGGUGUUCGUGCGGGAGCUGGGCGAGUGGGAGGUCAUUCUAACAUACCGCAUGAUGAAGAAAUACAUUAUCAGGCAUCUUGUGGGGCGCCUGCUGCACACCUGUGAAAACUGACCAUGCAUGGUGUACUGGCAAGCUGAUUUAUCUCAAUUUGACGACGUGCUGGCAGAGCAGGGGAAUAAAUGGAGGUUCCACAUAGGAUUGCACGAGUUGCAGUGCGGUGGCUCGGAAUGAGGGGUAGGAUGAGGCAUUGUCUAGUGAGGAACAAGUCAUCCUGCCUGCCGCGCAUGUUAGGUGCAACAUACUUCUUGCCAAAUGGCAG